AUGUUUUUGGUUGGAGGAUUCAGUGAAUCAAAAUAUCUUCAAUCUAGAAUUAAACAAAAAUUUGGAGAUAAAUUAGAAAUAGCAAUUCCGCCCAAUCCAAUUACUGCAAUAGUAAAGGGUGCAUGUGAAUAUGGACUUGAUAGGAAGAUUAUAAGCACAAGAGUAUUAUUAUGGUCAUAUGGAGUUGAAAUUAGUGAUGAAUGGCAAACUGAUGAUCCACUAUCUCGUAAAACAAUAAAUGGCCGAAUCUACAAGUUUGAUUUGAUGGCCAAGAAAGGAACAGAGGUGGAUGUUAACAAAGAAUUUUCCAGUUAUUUGGGCCCUGUUUACCCCAACCAAACUGGUGGAACACUUAACUUUUUUUAUACCACCAAAUAUGAUGCAACAUAUUGUGAUGAACCUGAGAUGAAAAAAUUGGGUAGUUUGUAUGUUGAUAUGCCUGACAUUCAUUUAGGACUGAAUCGUUCUGUACAAGUAACAUUACGUUUUGGAUCUAUGGAAAUUGUUGCAACAGCAAAGAAUAUAACUACUGAUAAUGUUAAUUUAAAGAAAGAAGCUAUCAAAUAUCAAUCAGCAACAAGUUUUCAAUUAGGAAUUCAAGAUUCCAAUAGUCUUGGUCAAUUAUCAAAAGACAUUCGCAAUUUACAUCAAAAUUUAGAUAAAUUUUGUGGACUGAAAAAAGAAUUAACAUUAAUGAGUUGGAACAAAGCUACUUCAACGAAAUUACGUCAACAAAUUUAUGGUGUUCUUGGAAAUCGUGGAUUUUCCAAUAUUGCUGUAGGCAAAGAAGACAAAAAACAUCCAUUGAUUGCAACAUUACAAAAAGAUAUUUUAGAUUUAAUGAAUUGUUAUCGUACAAUUACAAAUCCAGAAAAGUUGUCAGAAAUUGAAAGCAUAAUUGAUGAAAUUGUUAGGCAACCAUUAUUAUCUGGAGAUUCUGAAAUAAUAAGUAAUAAAGGGUGA